CCUCGGCAGGAGCAGUUGGGCAAUGUUUAACUUGAAACCACCGUUCACACCAAAGAUCCGCACAUUCCAGAAGAAAGAGCAGAUCUGGUUCGUAGCUAGUUAGUGGCUAAAGAUACACACGGACGUUUCACUGAUGGGCUGGAAAUAGAUAGCAAAGACCAACGGCCACACGGAAAUGCAGACAGAAACGAUUUACGUCUACGAGCAGAGAGGCCGCUCCUCGGCAGGAGCAGUUGGGCAAUGUUUAACUUGAAACCACCGUUCACACCAAAGGUCCGCACAUUCCAGAACAAAGAGCAGAUCUGGUUCGUAGCUUGUUAGUGGCUAAAAUUAUACAAGGACGUUUCACUGAUGGGCUGGAAAUAGAUAGCAAAGACCAACGGCCACACGGAAAUGCAGACAGAAACGAUUUACGUCUACGAGAAAGACUGGUUCUUGUUCUGAGAAAUGCGGGCAUUGAUAUUCACUCUGUCGGAAGCCAGUUGCUAUCGCUCAGACACCGGGUCCCACACUACAGCAACCAGACCAAUCUGUGACACACAAAAUAUUGUUGGCUUGCAACGAACAAUCAGAGAAUCGGCAUCAAAAGGACCUAAAUUCUUGCGCAUUUAAGAACCAUCCCCGGCAGCUGCGAUCAUCAUGGAUGGAAAUUCAGAUGGGAAUCGGGACCUGAAUGGAUCGCAAAUAAACACAGAUAUGGUUUAUCCAAUUCUUCGACGCUUCGACGACAUUCAAAUAUCCAACAUGACGAAAUACUAUCAGAACCGGUUGGCACAAGCCAUGGAAAAUGGAGUUAGGAGUGUCAGCCAAUCUUUGAUAUGCAACGGACACAUCACCGAUCAGGAACAUCAGACGAUCACCGAAACUGCAGACAGCGGGAACGAAGCAGAAAGUUCCAAAAUUGUCUUAAAUCUGGUGAUGCAGAAAGGCGCUUUGGCCCAAAGAAAGAUGUGGGAAUCCUUCGCAAAAAUGCGUAAUGCAGUGCCUAAACUGGACAGAAUAUUGAAAGAAGUGGAAGAACAUGGUCCUAUGCUUCCAAGUAUUGCAGCAAUCACAGAAGUUAUACAGAAAGUGCCCGAUCAUCUGAACGAUGUUCAGAUGAAACACAAAGAAAACCUCCGGGUGCUAAGUGAGAUGCUUGUAUUGAAAACAAUCCUGACGUCGGAGAAGAUUGAGAUUUCGCAGCUGGGUGACCGAUAUACUGAACUGACAACUAUUUCUCCAUUACGUCAGUGGAAGCUCGUGGAACACGAACUCUUGUCACGCGGGAAAGAACACGAAGAAUGUCGAGAACAGCAUCUCCAGAGAGAAUUGGAAAAGAUACGAAUUGAUCAGUUAUUUCGGAGCAGUUUUACUGGGGAAAUGCGUUUGAUGGAGAGGUCAACUAGCGAUGCUGUGGUACUUAAUAUGGGGUGUUCAGCGGUUGCCUGUGGAGUCCCAGGCAUUGGUAAAACAACAUUAGUGCAGAAGAUAAUUCAUGAUUGGGCGACAGGAACCAUCUACCCAUACUUCCAAUUUGUUUUUAGUUUUAAAUUCCGCGACCUGAAUAGCAUAAGGAGCAAAGUGACGUUGAAAGAUUUGAUAUUAAAUUCCUAUCCUUACCUGGCGACACUUCUGGAAGAGCUUUGGAAGAAUCCAACUGUUUUGUUGUUUAUCUUUGAUGGUUUUGAUGAAUUCAAUGGUUUUAUUGAUUUCGCUGACAGAGGGGCAGUGACAGAGCCCAAACACAUGUGCCUCGAUCCCGAGUGGCCGUGUGAAGUCUCUGAUAUAGUGUAUAGCUUAAUCCAGCGCAAGUUGCUCCCAGGAUGUUCAGUGCUGUUGACCACACGCCCGGCCUCACUAAAUUUACUAGAACAAGCGGACAUUAAUGUUUGGGUUGAAAUCCUGGGAUUUGUAGGUGAGCAAAGGAAGGAAUAUUUCAACCGUUUUUUUAGAGAUCGGGCGGUGGCAGAAGCUGUUUUCAAACACGUGAAGGAGAACGAGAUCCUAUACACCAUGAGCUACAACCCCUCAUACUGCUGCAUCUUGGGACUUACACUGGGCCCUUUCUUCAUGCAUAAAGGCAGAGACCUGAAGCUAAUACCCAAGACAAUUACCCAACUGUAUUCCUACUACGUUUACAACAUCUUGAAAAAACACAGCUCAGAGACUAAGAAUGUUUGUGACGUGUUAUUGAGAGUUGGUCAGAUGGCCUUCAUCGGAGUGUCUGAGAAGAAAAUUGUGUUUCAAAAUGAAGAUUUGAUGAAGCACAAUCUACAGCCUUCCCAGGUUUUGUCCGGGUUCUUGGUGGAACUUCCGGAGACAGUUACCACUGGCUCUCGGAUGGUGUACACCUUCCCGCACCUCACGAUCCAGGAGUUUGUAGCCGCACUCGCACUAUUCCUAUGUCCAUAUCCAGGGGAUAUCAAGAAACUCCUCACUGAAGCCCACAGCGCGAAAGAUGGGCGGUUUGAGGUAUUUCUCCGUUUCGUUGCUGGCCUCUCCUCCCCAGGUUCAUCUAAACCGCUGAUGGAGUUUGUGGAUCAAUUUCCUGAGGAAAGCAUCCACCAAGUGAUUGAUUGGGUGAAGGAGAACGUGGAUAAUCAGAUUGGAAGCUCAUGGAGUGAAAGGGGCAAAAGGAAUCUGUUAAACACAUUGCACUAUCUGUUUGAGUCUCAGAAUCCUGCAGUUGCACAAGUCACAUUGGGAUCAGUACCAAGACUUACAUUUGGAGAUGCGGAUGCAAAGAAGGCAUUAUCACUCACACCAAUUGACUGUGCAGUGCUUUCGCACGCCAUUGGACUCUGUCGCACAAUAAACGAGCUUGAUCUUCGCAAUUGCUGCAUUCAAUACGAAGGGAUGCUGCGUCUUGAGGCGGUACUACACAAGUGCCAAGUCUUGAGGUUAGAAGGAAAUAACCUGGGAGAUUCUGGAAUAAAAAUACUGUCGAAGAUACUGACUGACUCCAAGUCAAAAACACAAACUGUCGGACUUGCAGAUAAUAAUCUUACACAUUGCUGUGCUGAAGAUCUGGUCUCGCUUACCACUGCAACCUCGCCGCUGAAGGAGCUGGAGCUGGGUUAUAACAAACUAGGGGAUUGCGGAGUAAAACUAUUGUCUGCGGCUCUGGGGCGCCGCGAGUGCAAACUACAAAAACUACGCCUGAAUAAGAAUGAUCUCACUUCUGCUUGUGCUGAGGAACUCGCCUGCGCUCUCUGCACAAAUCGCUCACUGACGGAGGUUGACUUGGGUGAUAAUGAACUAGGAGAUAUUGGAGUGGAGCUCGUGUCUGCCGCUCUGGUAGAGACGGAUUGUACAAUACAGAAAUUGUGUCUGAAGAACAACGGUUUCACAUGUUCUCCAGCCGAGAAACUCGCUACCGUUCUUCGUAGAAGCCGUUCGCUGAAGGAACUGGACCUAGGUCAUAAUAAGCUGGGUGAUCGGGGAAUGAAACGACUGACUACGGCUCUGAACGACUCAGACUGUCAAAUACAGGAACUGAGGUAUGUGCCU